AUGACAGAGAAGCCUUCUGUGGCUACGAUGAUGAAUUCCACUGCAACUUUUGGUGACUCAAAUUCUGGGAUACAGAUCGGACAUAAUGAAGGGCCGAUCACUGCCAAUAUUCAUCUCCCUCCAGACCCUUUGUCCACAGGAACCUCUGGGGGAAUAAUAUCCAUUGGCCUUCAGGUUUGCCAAGAAAUAUUUUCCGGUUACCAAACAUGGCAAGGUUACGACCAGGAAAUUCAAAGCAUCGGCAGCAAGGCUGGCAGUCUCCUCAUGCCACUGAACAAGCUGCGCGACAUGAUCGAAGAUACUCGAGAUACUCAUCCCGAAAUCUCAAAAGACCUUGAUGAGAAAGCUUUGAGUCUUAAAAGCUGCGUGGAAAGACUUCAGGCUAAGUUUGUUCAUCACCAGAUUGAUUCUGUAUCGAAGACUAUUCCCGAUCGAAUCCGUGCACCGCUCAGGAAAACUGCAUAUAUGUUUCGCAAGGAUACUUUACGUGAGAUGUCAAAUGAUCUGGAUGGUAUCGAACAGGGGUUACAAACGGCAUUGGCCAUGUGA